UGACAGGUCAGACCAUAUCAAAGUAGCAUCGAAUCGAGAGUCUAAACUGCGGUGAUAUCGGUGAUCUGUCGAGUACGAGACGGAACCUGGCAGCCGACAUUGCCCGCAUCUCUUCACCGCCUCUGCAUCAAUCAAGCUCGCACAGCGAUACCGGUCUCGAUCCAUCAUGUUUAACGCACCUCGGAAUCGACCGACGGCGUUCCAAUCGACGUUCACCUCGUCCGACUUUGAUCCGCUCGCUUCUUCCACCGCUUCAUACAUGCCAGAUGUCGACCCAUGGUCUGGCGUACCCAGUCCUAGCGCUACACCAGCUCCGGCUGCGGCCAAUGUUGGCACUAACAAUGGCGGCAACAGCUUACCCAGCAUGACCGCUUCGACACCCAAUUUGGGGUCGUAUGCGCGGCCCGUACAGGCCAUGAUGAACAGGAUGCCGAGCGGGUUUGCUGCGGGUGGGGGGAUGAUCUCGCCAGGCGGCGGUGCGGCUGGCUAUGCUACGAUGGAUAAGCCUGCCGUGUUGGCCAGCGGGAUGAAUAUGCUAUCCGAGACCAACCUUCCCAGCCAAUACAUCAUGUACUGGGACUCGCUAGAUACGGACGGAUCAGGUCUCGUCUCUCUCGCUGCCCUCAACCGACUGCUCUCCACCUCGGGUCUCCCCGCAUCGACCAACGAACGGAUCAUUACCCUCCUCUUACCCUCCACAGCCCAAUCGGUCAAUCAAGAACAAUUCUUCGCCGCCCUCGGGCUCGUCGCGCUCGCCCAAGGUGGCAAGGAUGUUUCGAUACAACGGCUGAACCAGACGUCACCGGCUGAAAUGCCUAUCCCUUCGUUGAGAAUGUCCUCAGGAAUCACGGGCACCCCAUCGACCUCGGCUCGACCUCUACAACAUCCUACCCCCGUGCGGGCGUACUCGCAGACAUCUUCCAACGGAUUCGGAGCGCUUUCGACACCCACGUCCAACUUGUACAAGGAUCCGGCAUCCAGCUCGGCGAACAAUCAUUCCCCUUGGGACGUCGGUCCGAUGAAAGCUGGCUUACCAGCGACGAUGGAGAACGUACUCGAGAGCGAGACGAAUGGCAAUGGGUACGAGGUUGGCUUCAGCCAGGACGCGGGAGGCGGAGCGGGGGCUGGAUUUGAUGAACAGGGCCAGAUUGAAUCGACUCGAGGUUGGUGGAAGGACGUAGAGACGGUCCAGGUGACCAUGAUGGCGGACAAGGAGGGGUGGUUCUUGCAGAAAUACAGGUUGGAGAGUGAUAAACGGACACAUGGGACCGUAACGAGAAGGUAUUCGGAUUUCGUCUGGCUGCUCGACUGUCUAACGAAACGAUAUCCCUUCCGUUUACUACCCUCACUUCCGCCCAAACGGAUGAGUCCCGAUCAAGCGUUCUUGGAACAACGUCGCAAGGGACUGCAACGCUUCAUCAACUUUGUCGUCAACCAUCCGAUCUUGAAGGAAGACGGUUGUCUCGGAGUCUUUCUCGCCGAACCGAACUUUGAAGGAUGGAGGAAACGCUCGAAAGUUAACCUCGACGAAGAGUCCACGCAAAAGAAGUUAGGACCGAAUGCGGAGGCUAGUAUCCCCCAGGAUGUCGAACAGAGGAUCGAUGCGAUGAGGAAGCAACUCCCUACCCUGCUCGACGCGCACGCCCGACUGGUCGUCUUGGCUGAAAAGAGCGUCAGGAGGAUCGAGGCCAACUCGGCCGAUCAGUCGAGGAUGGCCAUGACCCUGGCAACGUUGAGCGAAGCUUGUCCGCAAUCCUGUUGGCGUAACGCAGAUUCGAGUGCGAACCCUGGAGGUAUUGGAGGGGCUGGAUGCGACCUGUGCAAAGGGGUUGGGAGGGGUCUUGCGGCCGUCGGGGAUGCUUGGGGAAGGGAGGCGGAGGAUGCCGAGAGACGGACGAUGGCCUUGACGUUGGGUACGAUUGAGUCGCUGAAAACGCAGAGGGACCUCUACGCCGCUUUCCGGGAGUUGCUGUCGAGGCAUGACCGUCUCUCGAAAGAUAAUUCGGACUUCUUACGCAAGUCCGUCGAUGCCAAACAGAAAAAGCUCGACGUCGUGCGUGAUAAGCGCAAGGUCAAUUGGGAGGUCGAGGAGGAGAAACUCUCGAGCGCGAUUGCACAAGACAAUGCUGCCAUAGAGGCGCUCAUGACCCGUCGCGUCCACAUCAAGCAAUGUCUUUGGCACGAGCUCUCGAUCGUGCUGCAUUCUCGGCAAGCAGCUCAGGCCACUUUGGGCUGGCGGAAAUUUGCCGAGGAGAAGACGAGGGCGCACAAGGGCGUCGCAGGAUUAUGGCAGGCCCUCGCGACACGUUUGGACGACAUGCCCGUAGAUUGAUCGCGCUGCAGAUGCCUUAUAAUAUGUAAUUCUUCUUUUUCGUUGUAGCACUCAGAGCAUUUCUUUGCAUUCCUCAUAGAAUAUGAUACGUCACUGA